AAGAGGUUUAGUGAUUCCUGUUUCCUUGUCGCUUACAUCACGACAGGCUUGGUUUUGAAUAAAAAUUUCGCAGAACUCUAGCUUAUAGUUUAUACGUGUAAAAUUAAAUGUAUAAAACGUGGUUCUGCAUUAUGUAGACUAUUGCACGAUAAAUAAGUUAUUUGUGCUAUACUAAAAGUUAGCUUGCUGUCGAGCAGUUGAGUUUCAGGGACUUAUCUUGAUGAUUGCAGCAUCUUUGGGAAAAGUUUGGGUUUGCAUAAAUAGCGGGCAGAGGGUCAACAGAGGAAUACAAGUUACACAGGAGACACUGGGAAACUGAAGGCAGUGUAAGGCCCACAGGUUUUAUUAGUAUUCCUCUAGGUGCGUUUGUGAGCCUAGUUAGCUAGCUGUGUAUCGAUAUGAAGCUCGGCGGUGUGCUGUUGUGUGUCUUCCUGAUUUGGGUGGAAGGGUCCCGGGGUGACACACCGGCUAACUGCACCUACGAGGACCUGGUGGGGACAUGGGUGUUUCAGGUGUCCAAAGGGGGACACGACAAGACCAUCAACUGCUCUGCUGAAGCCACAGGUGAGAGUACAGUCACUGUGACCCUGGAGAAACUGUCAGUGGCCACAGAUGAGCUGGGCCACACUGGCUUCUUCACCCUCAUCUACAACCAGGGCUUUGAGGUGGUCCUCGGGGGCUACAAAUGGUUUGGAUUCUUUAAGUACACUGAGGAGGGCUCCAAAGUGACCAGUUACUGUGACCAGACCCUACCCGGGUGGGUCCAUGAUGUCCUGGGAAACAACUGGGCCUGUUUUGUGGGGAAGAAAGUGAAAUCUGUGCCAGCCCGUACAGAUUACAAACGUCUCUACAGCAGCAAGCUGUCCCAGAGGCCAUACAAACACAACCUGGACUUCAUUGAUGCAAUCAACUCUGUCCAAAGUUCCUGGAGGGCUCAUGCCUACCCAGAACAUGAGACCUAUUCUAUACAGGAGCUGCAGUACAGAGCAGGAGGGCCUGCCUCUCAGAUCCCCAGACGUGUUCACCCUUCGCCUGUUACAAGUGAUGUUGCCAAAAUGGCAUCAGCUCUUCCUGAGCACUGGGACUGGAGAAACGUUAAUGGCGUUAAUUUUGUCAGCCCUGUGCGAAACCAAGCGUCAUGUGGCAGCUGCUACUCCUUCGCCUCCAUGGGAAUGCUGGAGGCUCGUAUCCGGAUCCUCACCAACAACAGUGACACUCCCACCCUCAGCCCACAACAAGUGGUCUCCUGCUCUGAAUAUUCUCAAGGCUGUGAUGGUGGGUUCCCAUACCUGAUUGGAAAAUACAUACAGGAUUUUGGUAUUGUGGACGAGUCUUGUUUUCCAUAUGUGGCAAAAGACACUCCAUGUGGCGUUCCUCAGAACUGCGGCCGUAUUUAUGCAGCAGAAUACAGCUAUGUAGGUGGAUUUUAUGGCGGUUGCAGUGAAGCAGCCAUGAUGAUAGAGCUGGUCAAGAACGGACCCAUGGCAGUGGCCUUUGAGGUGUAUCCUGACUUCAUGACCUACAAGGAGGGCAUUUACCACCACACUGGCCUCGGAGACCCCUUCAAUCCCUUCGAAUUGACGAACCAUGCUGUUCUGCUGGUGGGGUACGGCCACUGCCACAUGACUGGACAGAAGUAUUGGAUUGUGAAGAACAGCUGGGGCACCGGCUGGGGGGAGGGCGGGUACUUCCGUAUCCGCAGAGGAAGUGAUGAGUGUUCGAUUGAAAGCAUUGCAGUCGCAGUCAAUCCCAUCCCCAAACUGUAAAAGCUGUCCAGUCAGUAUGAGAGAGAGUCUAAAUUCUGCACUCGGUUUCACUCUUGUAGCUUAACUGUUUUCUUUUUCACCUCAUGAACCUUUGAAAUCGACUGGAAUCGAUUACUUUUCAGAACAUGUGACGCCGUAUGUCGCAAAAAAGUGAACAUUUCUAUGAAAACCUUUGAUUUAACUCCACUUCUAUGAUUCAGAUUAAUAUUAAAUAUAUUUGAAAGGGAAGUUUACCCCCCAAAAAGAAACAAGCUACUCCUUGAACCAAAUAUGAGACACAAUAUUUAGAAGGUACAUAUUUAAUCCUUAUUAAUGAUCUGCAAAAGAUUAAAUAUUUACAGCAGUUUAUCCAAGAAAUUAGUGGUGAACAGAUGGAAACCUGAGUGAGAACUUCACUUACAGCUACAAAGAAUAUUUAGGAUUUGUUCCUGAGAGUAUAAACCUGAUUUUUAGUUUACAGCUCCUAUAAUGACAAUUGUUUUGCUUGAGGCAUAGUCAUUUGGCAGGCUGGUUAUUCAGUGUUUGUCCAACCUGCUGUUUUAAUUCUUGCACAUUUUGAUGGCUGUGAACAACUUGAUUGAAAUUAUUGCAUCCAAUACACCCCAGGUGAUUUGUUUGGUUUAUAUUUUACAUAAUUCAUGACAAGUGGAAGAUUAAUUUUAGUAUGUUAAAUGGAAUCUGUGAUUAAAAUGUGUUUUGUUUUGUUUGCUUAUCAGUACAGGACCUUGAUAUUUCUUCUCAGGAAAGCACAGAUGAGAACUCUCUCUGCUUAAACUAUUACUGCCAUUUUAACCUAUGGGACAAUAAAUCUUACAUAUGUGAAACAAUUUAAAGGGAAACUUUAAUCAGGUUAAAAAAGGAUGUAAGUGAUUGUGAUGCCUGUAAUGCUGCCUCCUGUCUGAUGUGUAAGCAUUUUUUACAUACUGUUGUAAGGUUUGCACUGUUUUUAAAGGGAAUAAAAGCAUUUGUGGAAAA